AUUAGAUUAAAAGAUGAUCGAUAAGAACAUCAGCUUAUAAAUGCAAUAUUGAGUCUUGAAUGUAUUAGUGUAAUACAACGCCAUGAAGAUACCUGUGUUAUUAUUGUGUUCUGUGGUAGCAGUAACAUGUGCAGUCAAGGUGAAGCGCAGCAGACGAUUCCCGAAACACUUCAUCUUCGGCACCAGCACCGCAGCUCAUCAAAUCGAGGGAGCAUGGGACGCAGAUGACAAAAGUGAGAGCAUCUGGGACUUCUUAGCUCACAACAAUCCGGGAGCCAUCUCAGACCAAAGCAAUGGUGACAUAGCGUGCGACUCGUACCACAAGUACAAGCGCGACGUGGAGAUGAUGAGGGAGCUGGGUAUCGACUCGUACCGCUUCUCGGUGGCGUGGUCGCGCAUCCUGCCCAACGGCCUGGCGGACCGCGUCAGCGAGGCCGGCAUCGCCUACUACAACAACGUCAUCGACGAAGUGCUCAAGUACAACAUCCAGCCGAUGAUCACGCUCUACCACUGGGACUUGCCGCAGAAGCUACAGGACAUGGGCGGCUUCCUCAACCCUCUCAUCGUGGACUGGUUCGCAGACUACGCUCGAGUCGUGUUCGACAACUUUGGCGAUAGAGUCAAGACUUUUAUCACAUUCAACGAGGCGGCGCAAGUUUGUCAUGACGGUUACGGUUCCGUAACGAAGGCGCCGAUGUUAAACAUUACAGAUGUUGGGGAAUUCAUUUGUGCGAAAAAUCUUAUUCUCGCUCACGCUAAAGCGUACCACUUGUACAAUGAUGAGUUCAAGCCUGUACAGGGAGGGUCCUGUGGCUUCGCUAUAGCUGUAGGUGCUGCACAGCCCGUUACCGAUUCUAAAGAAGUUCAUCACGCUGUAGAGUUAUUCAACCAGUUCCAGUGGGCGAUGUACACUGAUCCAAUAUUUUCUAAAGACGGAGGAUUUCCGAAAGAGCUCUUAGAACUUGUAGCUCAAAAGAGCGCUGCCCAGGGUUACCCAAGGACCAAGCUAUCUGACUUUACGGAAGAAGAGAAGGCAUACAUACGUGGGACGAGCGACUUCUUCGGCGUGAACCACUACACAGGUGUCAUUGUAACAGGCUGGAAGCCUGCCGCGACCUCAUCCAUGGCGUAUGUUGAGAUCGGCCGAACUCAGGAUAAGGAUUGGCCCCAAGCUGUUUCAUACUGGUUGCGUCAAAUGCCUAAAAGCCUGUACAUUGCACUGAAUGUAAUACAAAAAAGGUACGGUGAUGUACCUAUCUACGUGACCGAGAACGGCUGGUCGACCCGCGAGGGUAUCGAGGAUGACGAGCGCGUCGACUACUACAGAGACGCGCUGGAAGACGUGCUCGACGCUCUGGACGAGGGCAUCGACGUUAGGGGAUACUAUGCCUGGAGUCUCAUGGACAACUUCGAGUGGCUGGCUGGUUAUACGGAACGUUUCGGAUUUUACGAAAUAAACUUUGAUGAUCCUGAACUUACACGCAUCCCGAGGAAAUCAGCUUUCAUCUAUAAACAGAUUAUUAAGACGCGAGAAAUUGACUACGAUUACCAACCAGAGAGCUAUGUCAUGUCUAUCGACGCGGGACAUUGACACCUAAGACUGAGCUGAUUGUUAUUGGAAGUAAAUAACCAAUUGUAAUAAAUGAAACGACCUUUUAUUUAUAUAGAUGUAUAUAAUUUGAACCUUUAAAAACAAAUCCUGGUACAUAAUAAAACCAAUGAA